UAGCCAGAAUGUCCCAGCCACAAGACGUUCCCGCGUCUUCAUCCAUCCGUGAGAGAGUCAAGUCACACCAUAACACACCAUCAACGCUCCUCUGAAAAUCGCAAGCACCAGACGCAGUUGGACUUUGAGAAUACUUUCAUUCCAAGGCCCUCGAGCACAAAUAGAGAAGAAAACAGUAGUACGCUUCUGCGGGCAAAUUCAGCAGGCAAGGGAAGUUAUUCACUGAGUGGGAACAGUGAAGGGACAGUGAAAAAAAGGACGCCAAAACGAAAAUGUCAGUUUGGCAGGGCAGGACGAGGAGUUAUGGAUUUCCUCCCUCUUAUGGGAUACAUCGCCAAUUCGGGCCUUUCGAGAUCGUUAUCCCUGAGAGGCAUCAUUCGCCGUCCGAGUACGUUGCGUUUGAUGAAUUCGACCAGCCAAUCGUGCAAGACGAGGGACGUUUGACACCAAUCAAUUUCCAAUUUGAGUUUGAACAGGUCAUUCCAUCAGUUGAAGCCACGAAGGAGAGCGACGAGCCCUUUAAGUCAGAGGGUUUAGUCAGUGUCAAGAACGAGAAAUCUAUCGAACCUGAGGUGUUGAACUCAGUUGAGAUUCCUACCUCGUUUGAACCACUCCAGCACAACGAGUCAGCUGUGUGCGAUACUGACAUGAUGGACAUCGAUGAGGCCGAGGCUGCGUCCGCUGGAGGCCCGCAUCAGCUUCAAGGCACCUUGGCGCUUCUCAAAGCUCAUCAGCGGGCCCUUCUCAGUGAGGUUGACAGAACGAAGGCAGAGAUCGCCGAGCUUGACGGCGAAUGGGCCAAAACUAAGCUCGCUCGAGUCAAAGAAGACCUGGAGAGGAUGGAUCUCCUCCAUGAAAGAGCCAAGCAGGAUCUCAAAUUCAAAGAGAAAAAGGAUGGGCUCGACACCGAGCACGCUAAGGUAGUCAGUGUCAUCGCAGAGCUCCAGAAUUACCAAGGACGUCUCGAAGACAUCCUGCUCGAGAUAGGAUCAGGCAAAUUUGUCUCCAUCGCUGGUGGAAAACUCGUUGAGCUUCCAGUUUCUGAAGAGCAAGGGGCAAAGCAACGUUCGGAACUCGCGCGUAUUCAACGCCUUCUUCAACAAAUUUCUGGCGUGGCUGCUGGUCCAUCGGCGUCUGGCGGGAUUCUGACCAAAGGAUAUCCCAUUGCGGUCGAUCGAUUUAAUAUCAACGUCUUUUGGGACAGGCGUGGAGAAAGAUUUGUGCACCUUGUCUGCUCCCGAUGCCACCAAAUCCACUUCGAGUCGGUGAAGCAAUUCAUCGACCAUAACAAAGUCAUCCAUCGGAUCGAUGUUCCCGAGGUGCUGGUCUUGAUCAAAUACGGCGAGACUGUUAAACCUGAGCAUGCAGUCACCCGACUUGAACGACAAGUGGAGAAAAGGAACCAGCCAGUCAAGUCGCGAGACUCAGUUCGGACGUCUGCUCCACCCGGAGGCUGGAUAGGUUCGGUCAUUGAUGACUCGUCAGACGAAGAGGAGGAGCCUGAAGAGACCAUCGACGCCAGCCACCUGCACGCCGGUGGAGGGGAGAUUGGCACUCAAGAGACAGUUCUCAGCCGAGACAGUCCCAGCAAUGGACCUUCACUGCCUUUCCUCAAAACGCUUCCUGAGGUUGACGAUCUGUCCCCUACUGCAAUCAAGGGUGACGACUUUGCGUCGUUGGAGCUGUUCACUCGAAAGCAACUCUGCGACUUCAUCGGCGGUCAUCCAGCCAAAAUAUACAACAAAAUCCCCGCCUCAAAGAAAGAAAAUCAAGUCGUUGACUGCGAUGAAUAUUGGGUGAUUGACCCGAAGAUCCACCCUUUUGUGCCAACUAAACCGGCUCAGCAUUGUGCCAUGACAGUCCCAUGGGCACCGCUGGUAACCUUCGACCUUAAGAAGGUAUUUGCAGUUUUUCUCAAACAGGAUACCGAAAAUUUGGUGGUGUAUGCAGGUCAUUAUAGCCUUGCAAAGAAACCGGAGAAGAUGGCUCAUCGGACAGCGGACCACCUUGUGGGCGAGCCAGAGAGGACUUACUGGACCAGCCGCAUCAAGAAUGACAAGACUGCUGCCCAAGAUUACAUACUUGACGCAGGACUCUGCGGCACUCACUCGGCGGUGAAGAACAUGUCAAACACAGACGUGUUAGCCAUCAUGUCGGGCGUAUGUAAUUCAUCUCAUUUCAGUAACCUUGACUGGCUAACCCUCCUCCAGGAAGAACAUAACAGGAUGACCUUCCAUUUCUCAUUCCAUUAUUUGAAGUGUGUACGGUUCAACAACACUUUCUAUGAGGAACUCGUCCAUGCUUGCGAGGGCUAGAGAGAUAUUCUGGAAAUCUGGACUCCAGCCAACAUCGAUGCUGUUUCGAAUUUAUGUACAAGCCCCAAGAGGCUUUUAAUGCUGAUCAA